UGUUGGUGUGGCCUUCUCGGUGCGGGCGAUGCGGUGCGCUUCUCACUGCCGUGCGUAAGAUGAGCAGCGGGCAACGGCACAGAAGUGUAUUGGCAGUCCGUACGUACAGAUCUAGUCUAGAUCUAGAUGUAGCAGUUCCUUAGCACACACGCAAGCUCGGUUGUUAUGUCAAUAGUACGCCAAUGGUUCACUGAUUUUCACAUUCAGGGCAUGAGUAUUCUGCAAGGAUUACCCGCGCCAGCUCACCUUUUCUUGUGUUGUUGUUUUGAUGCACUUAUAGUGUGAACUGUUCUUGUAUUAAAUGCCAGCUGUGCCGAAAUCAAUUUUGACCACUUCCAAAUUCUGAGAGCUAUUGGGAAAGGCAGCUUCGGUAAGGUAUGUAUAGUGCAGAAGAAGGACUCCAAGAUGAUGUUCGCCAUGAAGUACAUGAACAAAGCGUCCUGUCUUCAGCAGGAGGCUGUCUCCAACGUUAUACGGGAGGUAGAUAUCCUCAAGAAAGUAGAGCACGCCUUCUUGGUCAAUGUCUGGUACUGCUUCCAGGACGAGGAGGACAUGUUUAUGGUAAAUGAUUGUAUUCUUUUUCCUGAAAUCACAACAUCUUUACUGUAUAGGCUUUUACAAUUGUGGCGUUUUCUGUCCUUUUGUAUUCAGGCAAACGUCUCUGAGAUUGACGUUACAUUGGAGACCCUGCGUCUAAAAUACUUGAUUCACAGAGACAUCAAACCAGACAACAUUUUAUUGGAUGAAGAAGGCCACGUUCACAUCACAGACUUCAACAUAGCCACAGAGCUGGCAGAGGGUGAGGUAGCAACAUCCUUGUCGGGCACCAAGCCUUACAUGGUUGUUGCACGUUGAUCCUAAACAACGUAUGCAGAGCGCUCAUACAGUGCAGAACCACUCUGCCAUGGCCGCUGUCGACUUUGAGAAAGUCAAGGUCAAAGCCAUCAAGCCAUUGUUCGUGCCUUCCAGUCUGAACAGAUCAUUAGACACAGCACCUGAUCUGUUCAAGGGAUUUCACUACUACAACAGAGAACUGAUUAUAAAUGGCAAGUCUCCAUCAGGUGAGGACGAUGAGGACGAAAACGCUGAGCAUAACAAAGACCAGGUGAAUGUUACGGCAGCUUUGAAUAGCUCAGCUCAACCCACCGGCUCUCCUGGUACCACAACUGACUCCAGAGACAACCCUUCUCGGAACCACCAAGCCACGAGCGACGGGACUGUAUCCUGACAAAGCAUACCUAUGUGUUCCAGUAGAUGCAAAUGAUUUAUGUGAUAUGUAUAAUAUCAAUUUCUCUUUCCUUGCCUUGCUUUACUUCUAUAAGAUUUUUGUCUUGUCCAUCAAAGUCCAUUUUUCUGUGUGGUAAACUUACUUGACACUUUUUUUUGCACACCUCAUAUAUAGCAAUAUUGCAGUUUGCAGUUGACUUUAUUGAGUUUCUAUUUUCUUCGCAUACUGUCCUUGUGAAUUAUUUUCCUUGUAAAGUUUUACUUUCCUUUGUUUAUAUAUGUCGAGGGAUAAUAUUUUAGAGAGAAAGUAAGGAAAGAAUGAAAUUUUUUUUGCACUUUGAUCCAUCUGUAGUAUUAAAAAACUCAGAUACAUUUUAUUAAAUUUUUCCACAGCUGAUUAAAAAAAUGUAAGCGUAUGGGAAAACUGCUACUAUAACUAUCCUUGUAGCCCUUGCCAUUGUCAGUCAUACCUUACAAAUAUCUACUAGUAGGCUGUUUGUAUAGCAGUUUAACAAAACAAAGUGCGUCGUUUAUUGCAUUUUGACAACUACAUGUAGCACUAUGGGUGUCAAAUGAUUACAGAUCUGUUCAAGCCCUACAAGUACCGGUAGGUGAAAACAGUAUCGGUCUAGCUGCUUGAGAUCCACAGUUGUUAUAAUGACUUGAAGCUGGGGAAUCGGGAAAUGCAGUUUUGAGAAAAUCAAAAUUUUUCCAAAAUCUCAAAAUGUGUCAUGACGCGGUGGAAUCAGGUGCUCAUCAAUUUUUGGGCACAUGGUGUUAUUGAUAUUAUCUUAAUAGCUUCUUCAUUUCUCUCGCUUUUGAUGAGAAAAACACUCAUCUAUCUUGAAAAGAAGUCGAGAUAUUCGUUAUUGAAGCCGAUGAAGAUCGCUCGGUUAAAAAGGUAAAAUUAUCGAGAAAAUGGCCACUACAGUUUACAUAUUGUGUGCCUUUAAUCAAGAUUUUUCAUUAUAUCCACAUGGUAAUGUUUUUAAAUGGACGUAGAAGGUGUAGACCAAAAACACAAAAAAUCGAUAAAAAUUGCCAAACUGGCAACCAAAUGGCGAUUUCUUCAAUUUCAUUAUUUUGACGUGCACCUGAUUUCACCACACUGUCUCACAAAAAGCUGACUUGCACAAGCAACUCAAUUUGUCAUGCUGUUGCACAUAAUUUGUUGAUGAGGCCUGGAUGUUAUUGUUACAUUAUUUUCAAAUAAGUUUGCAUAUUAUUAUUUUUUAUUAUCCUUGAGCCUUUAUGUAUAUAUGUGCACUUAGCUACAUUUACUUACAGAGCUGAAGGGAACAAGGUCUCCUCGAUCUCUUCCAUUCUCGUUAAAAAUCAUUUACAGAAGUUACUUACACUUGAAGUUGCUGAAACACCAGUUGUUCUUAUAUUUCACGUAUAAUAUAACAUAACAAACUUCUUUUAGGCUUCUCUGAGAAUCGUUGAACAUUUUGUUUUCUUUGUCAGUUUCACAACAUAGGCCUACAUGUAUUGUCAUGAAUCAUAUUAACAAAGAUGUAUGUACUUAUAAGUGAAUGUUUGCCAUUUGAAGCCUUUCUCCAUGGCUCUUUGAACUCUGAAGCGAGACAUAAAGUUGAAUUUUUUUCUUUUAAGAUGGUUCUGUUGGGCCGAAUAAUAACAUUGCCUGCAAAAAUAAUUGUUCUUCAAAAGGUACCAGCAACUUUUAAAAAGUUUAAACUUCUGUCUUACAUUUAAGUUUAAGAGUAUCUUGUGAAGGCCAUGGCUUUGACUUUGGGGUGCCUAUUGUUAAGAUUUGUUUUAAGUAAAGAAGUGCAUUAACAAUAUAAAGAUCAUUAAACUGUAGAAAAGAAGUAAAACAGACAGACAGAUAGAAACAAUAAAGAGAUUUUUAAAAAGUUGAAUCAAGCAGUAACACCCUUCAAGAACCCACAAGUAAGGUUAAGAUAGGACAAAAAAAUGAAUUUUUAAAAAAAAACUGAAGGUAAAAUGGUAGGCCUACUUCGUUUUUGCAGCUGCAUCAUUUACAGUGUAAAGAAAAAUGAGUGACUCCUAUUUUUGUAACUCAACAUGUAAAUGGAGUGACCGGGGUAGGCUAUUAAUUUUUCUUGCAUAAAUGACAAUAAGAAAUCUUCUUUUCAUUAUGUACUGUACUAAAACUAUCACACUUGUAUUGGCUGAAUCUCUCUUUCUCUCACACAUGGGUAUCAGUAUCAGGUUAUAAUUCAUUCAUGUUCUGUACGCACAAAUUCAUAAAACCUUGAGGAAUCUGCUUUACAUUGGCACAAAAGCAUCUGAGGAAAAAAAAGGUCUGUUUCCUGUUCUGUCAUGCAGCAGAGUGAUAGCAUGAAAGUUUUAUUACUAUUAGUAUUAGUGUAAGUGUAACAGUCUUUUGCACUGGUGUAAUGUACAUGUAUUGUGGGAGAGACAGCAUUUACUCAUUUACAUCUUCUUCUUUCAUCUCGAACGCAUGAACUUCUAAGAUGUAAAUGUUUAGUCUGUAAACAACCUCUUUGUUCAUGUGUUUAAUUAAAUGAGAUGUACAGUAUCAUAUGAACAUGAUGUACCGUAUUCAUAGAAGAAUUAUAAAAGCGUUUUACUCAGUCAGAUAAUUUGGAUAAAUCUUAUAUUAUAUUCAAUUUUUAACUUGUGGACCAAAAGUACUACAAGUCAUCAUCAUAAAGUGCCAGAUAGAAACAGACAUCGGCAAAUAUGUUUUUCCUAUUCAUUUCUUCCUUCCUUCCUUCCUUCCUCUGGCUGGCCUCCGUUAGGAGGGCGGCAGUGUGCCGCAGGCAGACAGGUAAGAGGCAACCUCGUGUGGCCUCGUCCAUAGUACAUCCAGGCCGUCUCGCACAUUGUUCUCCAUAAGCGGGCCUCGAUGUGCUUCCCCCCGUGGGCACUCAUACAGUGCGUGCUGCAGGUCGUCAUAACUUGUGACACACGACAGCUAGGAAUCAUUGGGAGCGGAGCCUAUAGCAUGAAGGUUUGCCUGCAGGAUGGGGCUCUUUGCGUUGCAUCUUAGCUGCGAUAACACUCUUCUCUGUAUGACGUUUAGGUCUCUCUCUUUGUCCCUCUGUGGUGGUGGCUUCACUCGUGCACUCGCGCUUUCUCCCACAUGUGAACAAUGAUGUAAUGCAAGAUGCCCGAGCUUGCUGACGUGAGAUCGACUGGCUGGAGUGUUGGACUGGUCGAGAUGGCCUCCCUUGUUGGCCAGGGCAUCAGCUCGGUGGAUCCCGUGGGUGUCGCUGUGUCCUCGGUAUCCAUUGUAGGUGUAGGUGCAGUCCUUAUUGGGAUCUCUACGUGGUGCUGCAGACCCCGGAACAAGUAGGCCUACAGCUCCGGGCCGAACACCAAUCAACCCCUGGAUUCAGACAGGAAUGGAGGCGACCAGGUUUUUUUUCUGGAGGCUCAGCCGAACCGGCUGAUCUGAGUCUCCUGCUAAUAAUGGCCGGUGACAUCGAAAUCAUCCCUGGACUUGAUGAGAUGUACCCAUGCACAACAUGCAACAGGAACGUGACCAACCAGGGUUACUCAAUCUGAUGCACCACCUGUGCCAAAUGGAUACACAGCAAAUGCAGUGGCCUAUCCAUUCAUUUCUCCUCACAGGUGCUCUAAAAAAUCACAAAUUAUCCUGGUGCUUCCCCCGUCACCCAUCUGUUGAUGUAUUCCAAAUAAGUGUCUCUGGGUUUGCGCCUGCCUUAUUUGUAUUUUAUUUUGCCAGUGAGAACAAGAUAUUCAAAGCCUUUAUGUCGAGUCAAGUGUCCCCAAAACUGCCUUUGUUGCUAAGCAGUCCACCUGGGCUUCUUUCAGCAUUUCGUUUGAAUUUUUUUCUGUCCCUUAAAUUAUCAAGUCUCCAAAGAAAACACUUUUCUGUUGCUUCUAUUUUAUUUUCAUUACCUUUGGUAAUUGUCCAGCAUUCACCUCAGUAGGGAAUGGUUCAACACAAACAGCCUUUUAGAAGUCUUAUUUUAGUAGUCAUUGAGAUGUUUCUAUUUUUCAGGAUUGGACGCAUUAUAUUGAAGCUGUCUAGUUUACUUUAAUCUGUCCCCGUGGUUUUAUGCACCCUGAAGAAUGUCUUUUCAGGUAGGGCCAACAUUAAUAUAUAUACGUUCGUAUAAUUAAUUCAAUUGAUGAUUUGUUUAAAGAAAGACGGUAGGCCUACCUUGGUACAUGUAGUGGUAUAAGAAACUGUGAGAACAAUUCUUUCAGAUAGCAGUUUUUGGGUUCUUGUAAUUGCUGUUGUUACAAAUUGUCAUUCACAAUGGCUCAAGAAUUAUGGGCAAUUUGUAUGUCUUUAGUAAUGUGGUCCUGACAGAUUAAAAUUUGUUCAUGCUUUUGACAGUAGAAAUAACAGAAUGUUGACCUUGUUGACUAGUUCUUGACAUAAAUUAGGCUUUCCCUUUAAUCCCAAGUUCUACAUUAUUAUCAUUCUUAUUAUUAUUUUUGUUUUUAUGUACAAAAAUUACAAAAUCAAGUAGUAAUGCUUGAUGGGGUCUCCCACCACAUUGUGACUUGUCUCAAAUGAAAAUUGUGCUUUCCCUUAUAAUUUACUUCCCAUGCAAUGAUGCAACAAUGAAGAACUUUACUUUUCUAACUGCUAUAUAUUAUGUAAGUUUUAAGUAAGUAAGCUAUAAAACUAUUAUUAGAUUCAGUAGAACUGAUAAAAUGAAUUGGGACCAAUUCAAUUUUUUUUUUUAAACAGUUUAAAUUUAAAUGUAGGGCCUACAACUAAGUACCUAAAAUUUGCUGAUUUAUUGUGAGGAAACCCUACUCUACAUCAACAAGCAGUGUGAAUUUUUCUCAUGAGAAAUUGUGAUAAACUAGCAAUAGAUACCCAGAACCGAGCUCGUUUGUGAGACAAUUCAGCAUAAAAGUGUGUUGUAAACCAGAAGGAACAGUCUACCAUACUUGCUGCUAUUGAGUGGGAAUAUUCUACAACAUGUGCACUGUAUCAUGCAUACUGCAGGAUAAUGGUAUACAGUCAAGCAUGCACACAGUGAAAUCAGCUGGAUGCAGAAGUCUUUUCAUCAUUUUGUAUGAAUUUCUCGCCAUGCCCAUGUUUCAAAUACGAAAAAUGUUCAUGAUAAAAGAACAAAAUUUAGGACUUGAAAAUGUUCGCUAUACGUGAAUGUUCUCCAUAUCUACAUUAAACUUAAAGCAUGCCAGACUGUACAUCUUGUUCUUGUUCUUGUUUCAGGAAGCAACAUCCCUGCACUCCGGACAUGUCCAUUGAUGCUCCGUUGCUCUCUCCAAAAUGUUGCCGAGGGUCCCUCUACUGAUUGUGCCAGUGCACAUCUGGUUGAACGGACUGUACAUAAUAAUACUUUACGUUUUACAGUGGAGGCCGCUUACUUAAAAGGAAUACAGUUAAUUUAAAAACAGCUGCAAACUAAAAGAAAAUUAAAAAAUCCCCAAUUUUAAAUUCAUUGUCUUUGUAAGAAAACCGUUGAUUAGUUGAAAUCAUCUCAUUUUAUAAUCCAAAAGUAAUUUGAUGGUUAUGUCAUCCAAAUCUUUACUAGUAACCCUCAAGUAAUGCAAAUCAUGAAGUCUUUCUCUCUUUUCGGCUUACUAGCGAAACAGAAGAAAGAGACAAGCAAUGAGAAUGCAUGUGACGAUUUCGGGCCCAGAGUGAGAGAGAGGUAAUGUCACUGUACUGCUAACUAAAUCUAUUUUUGCCUUCAUUUAGCUCACAUUCAUCAAUAGGCAUACACAAUGUGUAGGCUCUGUGACUCAAAGAUAUAUCCUGUCAUGCGACCUUCAUUUGAUCAUGACCUUUUGACUAUUGUCUCUGCAAAGCUAGUUCAAAUAGGCCCCACACAAGAGCACAUUUUGUUUUUCAGGCUUUUAUUUCUUAUUCUCAUCUCUUCUCUAUUUACUAGCAAUACAUGUACUACAUGUAGUAUCACAAGCAAGCUGACAAUCAUGUCAAAGAGAAAGCACAAUGUGUACAGUACAGCUUGUAAGCUUGUAAUUCAAAUUAGUUACUGAAAGAAAGAGGUUGAUGGGAAAAGAAGUUUUAAAAACUUAAAUUUGUCACAAGCAGGGUAUUCUCAAGUCUAUCAUCUAUGCUGCUGAAAUUAUGAAUUAUAGCUAUUUCAGUUGGAAAACAUGGCUAAACCAAAGUUUGGUUCAAGUUAAGCAGACUCCACUGUCGCUAUCCAAAAUGAGUAAUGUGAUGCUACAAACUAACAUUUUUAUGAGAUCAGAGAAGACAUAAAAAUAUAUUAUAUUGAUUUGGGUGUGAGCUGAAUCCCAUUCCGAGGGAUAUUGUGGGAAAACUGAUGUUUUUAAUACAGUUGACUCCACUGGUACAUGUAUUGACCUUUGGCCAAGUCAGUCUUUUUCUCGGAUCCCAGCACUUCUUCUUUACCUUUUCCAAUGGUGAAUUAAUUAAGUUGAACUUUGGACGAGUCGAUAUAUUUUUCACUCCCUCUACGACAUCAUCUCAUCCGUAGUCGACUGUAAUUGGGCUAAACUGUACAUGAUGCUCAAACUAAUUAAUUAUUCAGCUGUUCUGUAGAAAUGUAACUCCACAGGAUUAUCAUCACAGACCAGCGACAAGCUAGUCACAUUUUCUGUCUGUCAGUCCCAUACGUACAGUGUAAUUGUUACUUGUUUGAUGACGAUUGAAAUAAAAGAAUUUAUAAUAAAA